AUGGUUUAUAAAUAUGCUCCUUCUCUGUCUCCUCUCUCUCUCUUCUCUUUCUUUCCCUCUCUCUCUGUCCCUCUCUCUCCUCUUCUCUCCUCUCUCAUCUUUCUUCUCUCUAUCUCCUCUAUCUCCUCUCGCCUCUCCUCUCUCUCCUCUCGCCUCUCCUCUCUCUCUCAUCUGUCUCCCUCCCCACUCCUCUCUCUCUACUCUCACUUUCUCCUCUCUAUCUCAAUCCUCUCUAUCCCGCCUCUUUCUCUCUCUCACUCUCUCUCUCCCUCUCUCUCCUCUCCUCUCUCUCUGAUCUUUCUCCUCUCUAUCUUCUCUCUCUCCUCUCACCUCUCCACUCUCUCCUCUCUCUCUCAUCUGUCUCCCUCCUCUCUCCUCUCUCUCUACUCUCACUUUCUCCUCUCUAUCUCAAUCCUCUCUGUCCCUCCUCUUUCUCUCUCUCACUCUCUCUCUCCCUCUCUCUUCUCUCCUCUCUCUCUCAUCUUUCUCCCCUCUAUCUUCUCUCUCCUUUCGCCUCUCCUCUCUCUCCUCUCUCUCAUUUGUCUCCCCACCUCUUCUCUCUCUCUACUCUCACUUUCUUCUCUCUAUCUCAAUCCUCUCUAUAUCUCUCUCACACUCUCUCUCACUCUCUCUCUCAUCUUUCUCCUCUCUAUCUCCUCUCUCACCUCUCGCCUCUCCUCUCCUCUCUCUCCUCUCGCCUCUCCUUUCUCUCAUCUGUCUCCCUCUCCUCUCUUCUCUCUCUACUCUCACUUUCUCUCUCUCCCUCUCUCUCCCUCUCUCUCCUCUCUCUCUCAUCUCUCCUCUCUAUCUUCUCUCUCCUUUCGCCUCUCCUCUCUCUCCUCUCUCUCAUUUGUCUCCCCACCUCUCCUCUCUCUCUACUCUCACUUUCUCCUCUCUAUAUCUCUCUCACACUCUCUCUCACUCUCUCUCCUCUCUCUCCUCUCUCUCUCUCAACUUUCUCUUCUCUAUCUCCUCUCUCCCCUCUCGCCUCUCCUCUCGCCUCUCCUCUCUCUCUCAUCUAUCUCCCUCCCCUCUCCUCUCUCUCUACUCUCACUUUCUCCUCUCUAUAUCAAUCCUCUCUAUCCUCCUCUUUCUCUUUUUCUUUCUCUCUCUCUCUCUCUCUCUCUCUCUCUCUCUGUCUCUCUCUCUCUUGUUCGUUUUCGUUCAAAGAUUCAUAUCUAUGUUCGUUCACGGAUUCUCGCAUAA